CGCUCCAUCAUGGCUUUGUGCGAUGCGAUGCAAGAUGUUGCCCCCUCCAAGACGUCUCCGGGUCUUCGUCUUGGCUGCGCUGCUGUUGGCCGUGAUCAGUUGGUAUUAUCUGGAUCUGGAUCUGGAGCUGGAUCUACCGCUUUUGCGUGAUCGUCUUCCGCUGCAUGGAGGCAAGUCGCAUCCUUCAGCCUCAUCUUCACCUUCAUCUUCAUUUUCAGCCUCACCCUCAACCUCACCUUCACCUUCACCUUCACCCACAGAGCCGCCUGGAGCGUCAAUAUCGUUGGAGCCAUCAUCAUCCGCCCCAACCACAGCGUCAUCAACUCUCCCCUUCACCUCACCGUCCGAUGUCCUGCUCAUCUUCAAGACCGGCGCCAGCACCUUCUGGAGACGCAUGCCCCUCCACCUGACCACCACCCUCUCCAACUCCCGCGUUCCAAACUAUGUUAUCUAUUCCGAUCUUGCAGAGCAGCUCGCCCUCGACGUCGAGAGUGUCGAUGUCCUCGCCAAUGUGAGCGACAUCCUCCGCACCUGGGACGCAUCUGCCCACGCCAGCUACCAGGACCUGCACUCCUCCCACCAUCUCAACACGUAUCGCGAGCAUGCGCUGCUGCCAGGCGACGAGCCGCAGAGCACCUUGGCUGGCAACCCGCCGGGCUGGCUCCUGGACAAGUACAAGUUCCUCCCGAUGCUGACGCACGCCCAGAAGAACUGGCCCGCUGUCAAAUGGUACGUCUACAUCGAGGACGACACUUUCAUCUUCUGGGACAACGUGCUGCGCUGGCUCAGCACGCUGUCACCCGACGACGAGCCUGAGUACUGGGGCGCCUACUCGGGCGAGGGCAAUGCCACCUUUGCCCAGGGCGGCUCGGGCAUCGUAUUCUCGCGCUCUCUGAUGCGCAGCGUCUUCGCCGGGCCCAAUCCUCCAGACCUCGUGCGCUACGGGAACUACUCGGCCAGCGCCUGCUGCGGCGAUAUCAUCCUCGGCCAGGUCCUGCGGGACCACGGCGUCUUCGUCAACCGCGGCGACUAUGGCCCUGUGUCAUUCCGCCCGGAACCCCCUUGGAAGACGGGCUUCGACAAGCUGAUGUGGUGCGCCCCCGUCUUCAGCUUCCACCAUCUCCACCAGCGCGAUCUCGUUCAACUAUCCCUCCUCGAACGCGCCCAUACCUCAACCCAGCGCCCCAUCCUCUUCCGCGACAUCUUCACCGCCCUCAUCGCCCCCUCCCUCCACACCCCCCAACUCUCCCACUGGGACAACUUCGCCUCCCGCUACCUCCUGGGCGCCUCUCACCCCUCCACCUCCUCUCUCCCCGCGGAACUGCACCCGCUGAACCCAUCCGCCGGCGACUCACCCCCUGCCUGCCGCGCCGCCUGCCUCGCGCUCCCGCUCUGCCUAUCGUGGCGCCACGACAGCAACGCCGCCCAGUGCGCUCUCGAUACCGUGGUGCGUCUGGGCCGCGAGCGUGACCCGUUGCCGGCCUGGGCGCCGCCUACCGAGAUCGUGAGUGGCUGGAUGCUAGAGCGGAUUGAUGAGGAGUUGGGGAGGGAUGAGUGUACGGUUGUUAGUGAGCCGUAGAUGAUGAUGAUGAUGAUGAUGAUAGACUUGGAGUCCUCUGGUAGUAUGUAUAUGUAUGUGUAUAGUAUGAGGUAUGAAAAAUAGAUAUGCAAAACCACCAUCACAACGCUUCCAUAUAUU